AUGGAAAACCAGGAAAAUCUUGUCACUCGUAGCUCUCACUCCAGACGAAGGACAACUCAAAAUCAAAAUCCUUUUAGGUAUCCUUCUUCUCCUAAACCUCCUACUUCCCGAGGCGGUGACUCUCGAGCUCCAAGAGCAAGGGGUCGUGGAAGAAAUUCUGGCGGUCGAACUAGUGGCAACAUUACGGAUAAUGGUGAAAUAAUCGACUGUAUUGAUAUCUAUAAACAACCAUCAUUGGCCAAUUCUCUAAUAACAGAUUUACAGUAUGCUGUAGUAACUAAUGAAGGAUCUUCUUACCACGGAGCUAGUGGAGUAUUUAAUUUAUGGAAUCCUAAGACCGAAGAUAACGAGGUUAGCUUGUCCCAAAUAUGGGUUGUUACAAGUUACGAUAAGGACAAUCCUUACAACAAUCUCAAUAGUAUUGAAGUUGGAUGGAUGAGGGAUGGAUACAAAACAACUGGUUGCUAUGAUCUUAAUUGCAAAGGUUUUGUCCAAACAAAUGGAAAGUUUUCCUUUGGCAUGCCAAUGAGAGUUUCCAUAUAUGGUGGACAAUCUAUGGAGGUAUCGAUUAACGUAUUCAAGGACAAAACAACAAGAGAUAAAUGGUGGCUUCAAGUGGAAGGUUCAAUAGUUGGCUAUUGGCCUGUAGAUAUGUUUACGGAUUUAAAAAACAGUGCUAAUAGUGUCGAAUGGGGUGGGGAAAUCAUGAAUCGAAGAACAAAUGGACACCAUACGACUACUCAAAUGGGUAGUGGUGAAUUCCCAAAUAAAGGCUUUAGUAAAUCAUGUUUCAUUCAUUCUUUAAAAGUGAUUGACAGUGGUUUAGUUACGAGAGAUCCAGGAUACUUGGAAAAAACAAUAUCGAAACCAGCAUGCUAUGACUUAACACUUACAAAGAACUCUGGAUCAUCAUUUAAAACACAUAUCUUCUAUGGAGGUCCAGGAUUUUCUCCAACUUGUCAAUGA